UCUACUUUGAUGAUGAUGCAUCAGGUUGAAUAUUACUCGCUGCGCUGGAUGUGAAAAUGAGACGAGGAGAGUGUAGGGGGUCAGCCGAUCAUCACAGCUUUAAUGUGUAGUCAUUCGGACGACGGCGUCACUGUCACACACUCUCUCUCUCUCUAAAAAACAUGUGGAUGAAAACACCUCAACGGGUGAUCUAGGCUUCCUGGAGACACAACCACUGGCUGAACCGAAAAUGAAGCCCACAUGACCAGGAGCCUAUUUGCAUAAUAUUAGCGUGAUGGUGCUGGUUAAUGCAUUGGGGUUUUUAUCAUCAUCAUCAGUGGUGUGUGUGCGGUGACUGCAGUGCAUUCCUAUAGUGUGGCAUGAUUGGGCAUAAUUCAAGCAUCAAUCACCUGAAGGGACGAGAGAGAGUCGGAGAAGGGGAGAGAUUGUGCAAGCCUGAUGCUGCUCACGGUUCACUUGUAAACAAAAACCAACAACGUUCCUGUAGCUAGUCUAGGUGUAUUACACUACGGCAACAUCAUUGCACAUAAUUUAUAAACCAGUCUUCAGAGUUCAAGUCAUUUCAGCACGUUAGAGAUUUUUUCCCCGGCAUUUCUGCAGCACAUCUGUAUUGAGUGAGUGCUACCAUACAGUGAUUUUGGAAUCGGAGCAGUAUUUAGUCACGUGAACUGGCUUCGUCGAAUUUCUCAACUUGACGACAUCAUCCAACAUAAUUUAGCUGAUGUCAGACUUGAAGUGACUUGGAAACAGGGGGUAGAUAGAGCUCCUUCUCUUACUCACGUGCCCCCCUUGUAGAUUUCCCACGACUGCUCAGUUCGCUGAUCUCGGGGCUACCCAGCUUCUUUCAACGAGGACUUGUUCUCCUCCUACUUGCCGUAAAGCGGAGCUACCACUCUAUAAUCCUGAGGGAACAGAAGAAGAGUUGGUGUAGUGGGGUCGGGUCGGUCCAAGAAUGCAUCAUCGGACACAGCCGUGAGGAUCGCCAUGGCGGAGGUCGGGUGAGCGAAAUGGCCGUCACAACCAGGGAGGUAUUUCGGGAACAACAUAACGGACUACUCAGCACCUCUUCUACGACCCACGUUCUGGACUGCGAAUGCUGCAUCUCAGUUGAGGUUGAGGUUACACAGCAGAGAUUAGCCUGUGAGACUCUUGAGAAAGAUCUCCUAGAAGAAAGAAGAAAGUGCACUGAUUUGUCUGCAGAUUACCAGAAUGUUCUGAUCCAUAAUACAGCCCUCUCAAGGAAAAACACUGAACUUCAAAACAAACUUGCCCUUCUAGAACAUGUCAACAAAGAAUGCCAGAAACUUCGAAUAGAGGUCAACGAGCAACAUCAACUCUUUGAGAAUACUGCCCUCGAGCGGGAUAUUCUACACGAAAAAGUGGAGAAGCUUGAAGUAGACGUAUCGCUGAUGCAGGACGCAGAAGAAAAGCGUCGAGCUCUGGAACGAGAAUAUGACCAGGCUAUCAGAGAGCUUAGGGACAAGCAGGAAGAGAUCAGGAAGCUGCAACAGGAUCAGCAGGUGGCCAAACGAGACCAUCAUGACUCCGUGUCCCGCCUCGCCGCCAAAGUCAAAGAUCUGGAGCGCAAGUGCGACGAGCAGAGCAGCAACUUCAGCCGCCUCUCCAACGAACUCCUCGCCCUCCGCAACGAAGCGGGCAGCCAACUCUUCACGAUGACAGCAACGGGGUCUACCAACAACUCCAAGGGAAGACCCGACACGGGGGUCGGGGCUGCGUCCUCGCCCAGGAAAGGGGUGCUGAACGGGGGCGGGGAUAAGGAGGACUGGAGGAAGAUUGCCGAGGAGGCGGCUGUUACCCGAACAUUAGCGUCGACGGAAGCGCAGAGGUUGGGGAAUGAGCCAAAAGAUGACCCUUGUUCAGAAUAUGACAUCAUUUUAUCAGAGGAAGCCUCCUAUUGGCGGGCUGCUGCUCUUGCAAACCCUCUCUCUGACAACGACUUGUCACCCCUGCGUUCUGAAAUGGAACUGUCCUGGUGUCCAGAUGGAGGUAGUAGAGAUGAGACAGAUAUACCGAUAGCCACAGAUAGGAAAACAACACACCAUGUUCCGAUGGAUCUAGACAAACGGAAGACCAACUCAUCUAAAGGCGUAGAGAAUGGACAGCUUGAUACGAGCGAUGCAGAAGAUCUGAUGGAGGACUUGAGCGAUCGAAUCGACGCGGCCAUUUUGAACCGUUUAAAUCAGGCAUCUUCCAUCACCACCAUGGGCCCAAUCAGCAAGCUGGCUGUCUUUAUUGCGAGAUAUAACUACGACCCUUACAGGGAUUCCCCGAACGACAAUCCCGAUGCCGAGUUACCGCUGACUGCAGGGGACUACAUCUAUGUCUAUGGGGACCCGGACGAGGAGUCAGAAUGGGAUGGUUUCUAUGAAGGAGAGUUGAUGGAUGGACAGAGAGGCCUGGUACCCUGCAAUUUCAUCGAGAGAGUUGCAGAGGAAGAUCUGCCUGGUUUUAUGAACAGCAAUGCAAUGGAAAGCGAUGCUUCCAAACUGGACUCCCUCGGUUCUUCCGGCAAAUACUCAGUAGAGGGCGCACUUCCCACAUCACUUAAACCUUCCCAUGAUGCCUUGCUUCCUGACACGCCCGCUGCCAUUGGUGGGAGCGUUGCCGUGGGCGACGCUGGGGAGGCAGAGUCAAAUGUCGCUCAGAAAAAAGAUGACAUGAAUGACUUGGAAUUCAACAGCGAGGAAGAAGAUCUGAACCGAGGCAAUCUCAACCACUUUGCCGGUGAUCUCCAGAGUUUCAAUAGGACCAACGAGCACCACAGUGACCUGGAGGACAUCCCAGAGGUUGAUGAGGUCGAUAAUGGGAUCAAAGGUCAUAGUCAUGUCAUAGCCCCAGAGGACGGACUGACCUCCUUGAGUGAUAUUGCAUCGGACUAUGUGUUUGAUGUUCCCUGUCCUAAGAAGCUCACCUUAGAGAGACAGCUCAAGAACAGCAUCAUCAUCUCCUGGCUCUUACCGGACACCAUCGCGCCUCAAGAAGUCCACGAGUAUCGCGUCUACGUCAACGGGCAGUUCCGCACCGCAACCAAGUGGGACGCCAAGACCAGAGCUCUGGUGGAGAACAUCAGACCGUUGGAGACGUAUCGGAUCUCGGUGCGGACGGUUACGUCCAAAGGAAUGUCCGAGGAUGCAGCGUGUACCAUCAUGAUAGGGAAAGAUGCAUCAGCUGCUCCCAGCGAGUUGAAAGCGUCCAACGUGAGUCCGACAUGCGCUGACAUCAGCUGGUUACCAGGCAACAGUAAUCUAGCUCAUCAGGUGUCCGUCAAUGGAAAGGAAACACAGCUGCUCAAGCCUAGUCUAUAUCGAUAUGCAUUAACAGGUCUUUCGCCACUCUCAGUCUACAGAGUUAAUGUUAGAGCCAAGAGUAGGAAGACGUCCCAAGACAACUCAAAGGAGACACUAGCUGCAGAGAUAGAAUUCAAAACGCUGCCUGGAGAGCCAAAGCGCUCGAAAAAGAAAAAGAGAAGUCUACCCUGUCUCCCCGAUGCUCCGCUCGAUGUACAAGUCCUGCCCGGUCCGUCCACGGCCGUUUGUCUCGUAGAGUGGAUACCAGUCACAAUCACUACAUCGGGAUUAUCUAAUGGUGCUGUGGUUAUCGGUUACGCUGUGUAUGCUGAGGAUACCAAGGUCGCCGAGAUAUUUUCACCGACAGCUGAUCGUGUUUCUAUGAGUCUGAAUAAGAUAAAGCUGUUAUCAGCAAAAGACGUUGUCGUCCGUACCCUCUCUCCAAAUGGUUUUUCUAUCGAUUCCGUGCCAGCUAGAAUACCCCCUGCCUUACUAGAGGAGAGACGCGGAGAUGCAACACUCCGAGCAAUGGAGGCAAAGCAUUCACAACCAUCUAAUAUGUACCAUGGUGCUGAGGAAGAGGUAGACACUUCAUCACAUAGCUCCAGAUCUGAUGAACUGCAGCAUCAACAUGUUGCUGCUGACCAAGCAGCGACGACGGCAACAACCACACACAAACCACCUGCUGCAGCUAGCAGCGGGAAGGCUGCUGAGCAAAGCGAUGAGAAAGAAGAUACAACAAAGAAGGUUGAUGCAAGGUUAUCCAGAGAUGACUACACGUCAGAAAGUGAGCGAUCAGAAUUAUCGGACAUUGCUGAGGAGGCCGAGGAGGAACUGUCUGACUUCGCCGAUGGCAGCUUACCAGGAUUCAGCGAUAACAGCGAAACCAAGUCACUCAAGAGGAGCAGACGGAGGGAAGAUGAGCAGAAGAAGAAAGUACAAGAAACACUUAAGUUCAAUGCAAAACCAGAGAUGGAGUUAGACACGGAUCCGGAGUUAGAAUCACUCAACCGAUCCGAUAAGUGUCUACCAAUCCAGGUCAUUCGGCAACAGUGUGACUUUGAACGAGAGACUGAGCAAUCACCUCAUAAUCAAGUUGUAGAACCGAUUCCAAUCAAACAGAGCAGGAAAGAGGGUAAAACUGUACCACACAUUGAAAUCACGCAAGAUGAAGCUCGCAAAGCUGCCAAUGAAAAACGCUCUGAACCUUCUGGUCAAACGUCGCUCCAUCAACAGCAACCAGGGCAGGACCUGGUUGACAGGACCAAGUCACAUUCCAACGAUUCCAACGGACCAUCCCACCAACAGCGUAAAAACAGUCCCGGAGACGACCGCCAGGUCGCCCUCAAACUCGCAAACUAUAAAGACUAUGACGCAAAGUCUAAUAAUGAUAGACAACGAAAGCUGUCGAUGGAUUCCAGAACCGAGGAAACGGGAACAUAUGAAGAGGAGGAGGACUAUUCAGUGAGUGAAGGGCCGGAGGAACUAUUUGACGACAGUGUGAUUCGUUUUUUUGUAGCGUUAUAUGAUUACGACCCGACGGCGAUGUCUCCUAAUGAUGAUGCAGCUGAUGAAGAAUUGACAUUUAAGGAGGGAGACAUAAUCAAGGUAUUUGGUGAUAAAGAUGCAGAUGGUUUUUUCAUGGGUGAGCUUAACAACCAGCGAGGUUUCGUUCCAUACAAUAUGGUCGAGGAGGUAGAUGGUCCGGAACAAACACCGUUAAACCCACCAAAGAGACCGAGUACAGCAGGGACGUCAAUGCUUAGUGAUUCACCAGAUAGAGUUGGAUAUAGCAGCAGUUUGAACACAACAGCCAGCAGUCCAGUACAUCUGUUCAGCAGCCCCAUCACAAGUCUGAACGUAGGGCCCGAUGCAAGACGUCAGCGAAUGAGGGCGCUGUUCGACUACAACCCACAGGAGCUUUCGCCGAAUCCAGAUGCGGAGGCGGAGCUUUCCUUUCGUCAGGGUGAACUCAUCAUGGUCUAUGGGGAAAUGGACAAUGAUGGAUUCUAUGUGGGUGAACUCCAUGGCGAGAGGGGUCUGGUGCCAUCAAACUUCCUAGAAGUUGCAGUAGAAACGCCUCGACCCGAGUCGGUACCCAGUCCACAGCAGUAUAGUAGCCCCGCCCACCAGCCAUAUAGCCCCUCCCAUCAAUCUUUCAGCCAUUCCCCCGGGCGUGACAGUAGAGGAAGCCGGGGUAGUAGAGGGAGCUAUUCAUCGGUCCGAUCAGACGAUAGACAAACACAGCUCCAGACAAGACAUCAGGAAAACGGAGAGGCACUGGUGAAAGGUCGCGAUGUAAGGUCAAACUCAGAUGCAGCUGACCAAUCAGGGGACAGCAUGGGUACGCCAGAGCACAUAAAGAAGAAGAAGGGACUACUCUCUAAGGGGAAGGCGCUCUUUAAGAAACUUGGUGGAGACAGCAAGCAGAAACAUAAAUGAACAUUAAAGGACCCUUCUCGAGGGACCAUUGUUAAUUUGCUAUCAAAAAGUGUUGCUUUCUAACCAGUUUACUAAGUUACAAAUGACAUAAUAAUCCACACUAGCUCAGUUGGUAGACCACCAGUACGUUAAUCCACAGGUUUGAAUCCCAGUCUAGUAUUUUUUUUAUUUUUUUUUUUCAAACUAAAAUGUGUGUAAUUAUGACCAGGUAAAAAUCUGUCCUUUCACCUUGGGUUAUUAUGGUUUUAUGUAAAUUUAAACUUUCACCUUGAGUUUAAUAUGCAUUCCAAUCCAAUUGGGGCCAGGUCACAGUGCUAGUCACUUUCGAUGGUCUGUUUAGGCCCUUGCCUCUCGUCUGAACGCGUACGCAAAGCAGGUGCAAUUGUCAAAACAAC